AAUGUUAGAAUAGCAUACAACAUACUCUGCGAGCACAAGGUUUUUGAUUGGCACGGAGAGAAACAAACACGUAAAGAAAGGCAGAAUAAACCUCAAAAUUUGAAGGUUAGAGACCCUAUAUAA